AUGCAGUGGGUGGUGAAGAUCUACCUCCUGGGCCUGGUACUCUCUCUGCUGUCUCUGCUCUUUGGGCUGAUGGGCUUCCUGGGAGACCUGAUGCCCCCCCAUGGGCUGGACCCCUGCCUCCCCAGCCGGUGGGUAGAAUCGGAGGGCAGCAGCCUUGCGGACGGAGCCCCCCCAGGCCUCUCGGGGGACCACAAGCUCAGGACAAGCAAAGAGAUUGGCCCCUAUGCAUGAGCCAAGGGGCUUCGCUGGCGGCAAACCAAAAUGACACGGAUUAUGUGGGGGUUUUUUUGAGGGAUGGACUUAACGUGGAUGGGGCUGGGAUUGUAUGUGCCUUUGCCAACCUGCCCUGGCAAAAGAGGGGGCUGGCAGCAGAAGCCCAGCUGGCCUGGGGGAGCCUUUGCACCCUGUUAAUUGGGAGACUUCUGGGGCAGGUGUUGGAACCCCUGUGGAUCGAUAUGGAGAUGUUGCCCUCAGCCCCACAGCAAGCCCAGACUCUGCAAAAGGGACGCCUGUUGAUCUUCUGCUGCGGGACAUGGAGAAGAACACUGAGGACUAGUGACUUGGGGCCAAGAAUAUGGCUGACUUCUUCCGCUUCAUAGCCUUUUCCGAACGCAGAAGGCCUUGCUUCUCAACAAACUGGGCUGCGUCAGGAUCAAUGAGCUCUAGACUCUUGGCUACACACACAGAAAAGGUGUGCCCAGUGGCGAAAUUGGGGUGCAGGAUUGGGCACCCCAAGCAAAAUUCUGGGCUCCCUUCAUAGAAACAUUUCCCCCUGUUCUUCGCCGCAAUAAUGGAUCUGUGUUCUCAUCCUGUGAAAGUCUGCUAGGAAUAUGUCUGCUUACCCCAAGGUUUAGCCAUGCUGUCGCCAGCCCACCUGCAAGCAGCAGUUGGUGGAAGAGGCCUGCUGGACUGUGGAUCAUUUAUUAUUAUUAUUAUAUUGCGGGAGGAGGCUCAGGGGGUCCCUAAUUGCAAGGGAGGGCAGCUGUGGGCAAGGCAACCCCAGGGGAGGGCAGGAGGCGCUGGAGAAGAGAAAGAGACCUGCCCCUGUGUUGCCAGGCUCCCCUGCCCUCCUUGAGGUGCUUCAAACAAAAUCCCUGUGCUUUUAAUAUCUGUAGUUUAGGAAGACACCCCAAAAAGGAUGCUAUUUGGUCUGGAAGGAGCAAAGGCAGCUGCAAAGGAAGGGCUCUCGCAUGCCCCCUGGUGGCGGCUGCUAAGAGCCAAUGGAAACAGCUAAAAGUAUUUUUAAGGAGAGACUUGGGGAAAUUCUAGCCUUGGGGUGGGUGGUUCAGGGGUGCCUUUUUUGUGGUGCAAACCACCUCCUGGAUCUUGCUGGAAAAGUAGAAGGCUGUAUUCUAAAUUCUUCACUGCGCCUCCCUCUCUGAAGAAAGAAGGAUAGACAUUUUAAGCCUGUUGAGCUGGCCUCUCCUGAAAGGGAACGUUCGUGAUUCCUUCAAUAAAUGGCAACUCUUUUUAAAUAAAUAUGUAUAAAACUCAAAAUACGAGCUCUUUAUUUGUGGGGAGGGAAUUUUUUGGGAGCAGGGAAAUGGGGUGCUUGAAAAAGCUCCCCCUGUCACCCCCUACUUCAUAACUGUCAACUUUUCCCUUUUCUUGCGAGGAAUCCUAUUCGGAAUAAGGGCAUUUCCCUUUUAAAAAGGGAAACGUUGUCAGCUAUGCCCCACUUGCUGGAAAGGGCUUUUGGUUUUUUGAAGGAAGGGUGACUGAUUUCAAAAGAUGCCUUAAGAAGAAAUCAGCUGAGGUGCUCCUCCUCCCCCCCCAGAGGACAGGUAUGGAAAACCCCUGUGAAUGUUUAUGAUGGAAGAAGCAUUCUGUGCUACCCAGAAGCUUACUUCCAGAAGGGCAAAAAGGAACAGAAAUUCACACACACACACACACCCGGCGGUAUUGCUGAUGCCUCUGCUGGGCAGCAACUCCCCCCUCCCAGGAACAGCCCCCCCUUGCUGGCCAAUGUGACAUCACAGCUUCAGCCAGGUAGCCCCGCCCCUCUGCAGGGUGUCAUCGCUGAUGCUGGGGCAGCAGAGGAGCCCGGCUGCUGCUGGCUGGCUUGGCUGGCUGGGCCAGGGAGGGCCGAGAGUGGCAACGGAGGCCCCCCCCGAGGCAUGCUCACCCCCUGAGUGCCCAUGUCUAGAGGGGCCUUGGCUCGCAAGCACAGUGCUGGGGAGGAGCUGGGCCUGGAAGGGGGCUUACUGUGCCAGCUGGUCCGCUCCCCGGAUUACAACCUGUUCCCCAACUCGGCGGUCUUUGAGAGCAACUUCAUCCAGGUAGCUCCCCUUCCCCCCCCCGGGUGGUUUUUCAGUUCAGAUGGCCACCUGCCAGGGAUGCUUCAGCUGAGAUUCCUGCAUUGCAGGGGGUUGGACUAGAUGGCCCCUGGGGUGUCCCCUUCCACUUGUGAUUUGAGCCUGGUCUGGGCCGGGGGUGCUUGCUUUUAUUUGACAGGUGACCAAGAAAGGGAAAUGGGUGGACAUCACGAAUUCGCCCACCAUCGUGACCAUGGGAGUGACUUCCUCGGACCCCUGCCUGCCGCUCCCCAACGUCUUGUUGAUGGGGCGCCACAGGGUCCCGAUCCGGAGGAGCCACAGCAAGGCUUUAAGGCGUCCCCCUCUAGAGCUGACCAGGUAAAGUGCAGAAAAGGGAUCUGUUGGUAUACAGUGGUACCUCGGGUUACAGACACUUCAGGUUACAGACGCUUCAGGUUACAGACUCCGCUCACCCAGAAAUAGUACCUCAGGUUAAGAACUUUGCUUCAGGAUGAGAACAGAAAUCGUGCUCCGGUGGUGCAGCAGCAGCGGGAGGCUCCAUUAGCUAAAGUGGUGCUUCAGGUUAAGAACAGUUUCAGGUUAAGAACGGACCUCCGGAACGGAUUAAGUACUUAACCCGAGGUACCACUGUAGUCCAGCACAGGGGUAGGCAACCUAAGGCCCAGGGCCAGAUACGGCCUAAUCACCUUCUCAAUCUGGCCUGUGGAUGGUCUGGGAAUCAGCGUGUUUUUACAUGAGUAGAAUGUACCCUUUUAUAUAAAAUGCAUCUCUGGGUUAUUUGUGGGGCAUAGGAAUUCGUUCAUUAUCCCCCCCCUUCAAAAGGGAUGGCUGAAAAAGGUUGCAUGUAUUGCAUUCUAUAACACUCAAUAGUGAGGUAGCUUAGGCAGAGAGGCAGAGUCUGGCCCGAGGUGAGCUUCACAACUGAGGGGGGAUUCGAAACCUGGUCUCUUCCGUGUUCUCAGGGCCGGAUUUAGGCCCGUAGCUACUGAAGGUAAUGGGGCCCUUGAUAUGUCCAGCUGUCCUUUGUCAACAACAAAUGGUCACUGUUUUUGUGUUGAAUAUAUGCUAUAUGGCAAUUGAUGGACCUAAUAGCUAUCUAAUGGGAUGCGGGUGGCACUGUGGGUUAAACCACAGAGCCUAGGACCUGCCGAUCAGAAGGUCAGUGGUUCGAAUCCCCACAACGGGGUGAGCUCCCAUUGCUCGGUCCCUGCUCCUGCCAACCUAGCUGUCCGAAAGCACGUCAAAGUGCAAGUAGAUAACUAGGUACUGCUGCAGAGGGGAAGGUAAACGGCAUUUCCGUGCGCUGCUCUGGUUCGCCAGAAGCAGCUUAGUUAUGCUGGCCAUAUGAACCGGAAGCUGUACACCGGCUCCCUCAGCCAGUAAAGCGAGAUGAGCGCCGCAACCCCAGAGUCGGCCACGACUGGACCUAAUGGUCAGGGGUCCCGUUACUUUACCUUUUAUAUCACUCAAUAGUGAGGUAGCUUAGGCAGAGAGGCAGAGCAGGAGAAAACCAAGGAAUAUUUUAGGGAGCAGGCGGGGCCCAUGACUUACAUCCUAGGAGCCUACACAACACAAGACACUGUUGUAUGUAGGUUUUAUUUUAUUAGUUUUUUAUCUUCUAUUUUGGAAAUGUACACCCAGGUUUUUUUUCUGUUUAAUUUUUUGGGGGGCCCCCAAGAGAGUGGGGUCGUAAGCUGUGGCUUGUUCAGCUUAUACGUAAAUACGGCACUUCAUGUCCUAAUUCCGCACCCUAACCACUGCACCACACUGCUUCUGAGCCUCCCCUGCCCAGCAGCGACCAUAUCCUGAUCGCCUCCGCCGCUUUGCCCCAGGCUGCUCCCCCUGCGCUACGUCCGCCUGUCCGUCCACGAUGAAGCCCAGCGCAUCCUGCGCGUUCAGACUGUGACGGGGAAGGUCUACUACCUGCAGCUGCACCAGGAGCACCCCAUUGCCGUCUUCGCCCUGUGGAGCCGCCUGGCCGAGAUCCUGCAGAAGGGCCUCUCCAUCACCACCAAGGACCCCAACAUUCACAUCCGCCACAGCUUGGUCCCCAGCGGCAGCAGCCCCUCCAGCAGCUCCUCUGGUGAGGUAAGGGGGCUGCUCUUCUUGCAAACUCCAGCACAGGGAGGGACGCGGUCCGAGGUCUUGGAGGGGUGGUUCUUGUGGGAUGUGAUCCAUGAGAGGCACUCAAGUACAGUGGUACCUUGGGUUACAUACGUUUCAGGUUACAUACACUUCAGGUUACAGACUCCACUGACCCAGAAAUAGUACCUCGGGUUAAGAACUUUGCUUCAGGAUGAGGACAGAAAUUGUGCUCCGGCAGAGCGGCAGCAGCAGGAGGCCCCAUUAGCUACAGUGGUGCUUCAGGUUAAGAACAGUUUCAGGUUAAGAAUGGACCUCUGGAACGAAUCAAGUACUUAACCCAAGGUACCACUGUACAACAUUCCUUGUAAUGCUAGAGAAGACAUGCGAGGGGAUGUUUGGUCCAGCCAGUCGAAACUUCCUGUUCCUUCUGGCUGGAGCAUCCUUCCUUUUGCAUGUGAUAGAAGGUGGGCGUGACCUAACCUGUCCAGGUAACAAAAGGACAAGUCACGUAGCACACCUCCCUCUUUUUUUUUACUUCCUUCUUCAUUUAAGCAGCUUUUAGCUAGAACCGCUCUGCUAGCUCUCAGCUAGCAGAAGCACUGGGAUUAUUCCCCCAUAUGGGGUAGAUCCACACGUACAUAUUUGUAACUAAGUCUGCCUUCAGGGAUCCAACUGUGAACUGAUGUGAGUAAACUUCUUUUAUUGACUUUGAAUCAGAUUAUGGUGUCUCUAUUCUUUUAAGAGGGAUUCAAGGGAACUUACCAGGAACGUACAAUUCAAUCUGAGACAGACUGAAUUGUAUAAUAGUGAGAGGCUUACACAAGCCUGCAACUAGCUAUCUGCUGUGCAUGUAAAAAGGGGAAUGUAACUCUGCUAAGUAAAGGAACUUUCUAGCGCAAGUUAGGAAGGAUAUUAAUAAGCAAUAUAUCCUCCCCUGCCACCCUGAACAUUCCCACAGUUCUUGCUCUGGCCCCAUGUGGGAGUGUCCAGGCAUUCUGUGGGUGGAUGUGGGGUCACCAUUGCCAGCAGCUGAGCAAAGUUGCUGCGGCUGGUGGUUAGGAACGUUCCCAACACUCUGCUGGGGCAAGUCGAAGGGAGAGGUCACUCAGGGAAAAAUGCCGGCCCAGGGCUGCAGAAGGUUUGGCUGCCUUAUUGGGCUGUCCAAGCUCUCCGCGUGAAUUUUCUGUCUUUGGGCGAUGCAUUAUUUAUGUCUUUCAUUUGCGUUUUCACUCCCUUUCUUUUCUCUGAGGAGCUCAAGGUUGCUAACACUAUUCUAUUCUAUUCUAUUCUAUUCUAUUCUAUUCUAUUCUAUUCUAUUCUAUUUAUACACCACUUGAUUGUAAGGGGUGGGUUACAAAAAGCAGGUUACAAAAAGAUAAACCCGGAAAAAAUUUACGACAAUACUUUAAAACGUACAGAAAGUUAAAAUACAGGCAAACCCCCAUUUAUGUGGGGGUUACAUUCACAUACAUUUAAGUGAAAGAGUGUAUAUUUGAAACACCACUGAAAAAACCUGCAAACUCCCUGUUCCACCACUGGCCCAUUCGGCCCCUUUUUGUGACAUUUUUGGGUCGCUUCAGGGUUUAGCAUGAUGUGUGUGUGGGCAGUCAUGCACAUAUCAGACGCACCUAAAAUGGUCACUGCCUCUACUGAAACAGGCUAGAAUUCACGCCGACCUUCUUGGCAUCUGGGUUGGUCUAAACAGAAGCUGUUUUUAGUGGUGCCUGAAAGGUGCAUUGAAGGCACCUGCUUGCUAUCAAUAGGCACGGAGUUCCAAAGUUGCCACACUAAAAAAAAUCAGGUUCUUGCAAAUGCAAAACAGAUAUUACAUGGUUUUCCUGCUUUUCAUUUAAUCCCCACAAGAACCCUGUGAGGGUUUGGCUGAGAGGCAGUGACUAUGCCAGUGAGCCUCCUCUCUAAGUGGGGAUAAUAAUAAUAAUAAUAAUAAUAAUAAUAAUAAUAAUAAUAUAUAGACCCCAGCUUCCAAUACAUAUAAAAACAUAAUAAAGCACUAAACAUUAACAAUCUGAUCCAGUAUGAAAAGUCACAAUAUAUUUUAAAGUGAUUUAAUUUGUUUUAAACCACUUAUAUUAAAUAAAGCAAUAUUCAGUAAUUCAUUUGAAUCUAGUAGUAAACCAUAAAAUUAAAUGCCCGCAAAUAAUAAUUUGAAGAAUGGUUAAUCUGUGCUUGUUUGUAACUUUGGCAGGGUUUUGCGUUAUGAUUGCUGCAAACGGCUUUGAUGUGCAUUUUUAUGACAGAGCAGCAUACAGAUAUUUGUUAUAAAUAAAUGAACCGGGUGGGGGGCAGCCGGGGGAAAUGGGGGUUGCCUUGGAUUCACAGCAGCCUCUCUGGUUCUCUCUCUCUCCCACCCUCCCAUUAUGGCCUCAGUACGUGGACAGGGCGACCCGGGGAAGGAGCGCAAUGAAGAAAGCUGGCAAGAAGGUGACGGGUGCCCUCGCCCACAUCUCAAAAAGCCCCCCGAAGGACAAAGGCAAGAGGAAGUAAGUGGCCUGGACUUAUUUCAUGGCGCUCAUUACCAACAGACGCAAAAUUGUAGAGCUGGGAGGGUCAUUUAGCUCAACCCCAUAAAAUUCAGGAUUCGCAGCAGAAAUCAUCACAGGCAGGCGGCUGCCCAACCUGAGUUAAUCUAAGAACAUCAGAACAGCCGUCUGGGUCAGGCCGGUCUGGUCCAGCCUCUUGUUCUCACAGUGGCCAGUCAGAUGCCCAUCGUGGGAAAGCAGCAAGUGGGAUUUGAACACAAGGGCAACUCUCCCCUCGGGUCCGGAAGCGCUGGCUGCAGAGCAUAGCCACCAUGACUCCAUGAAUUUGUCUCAUCCUCUUUAAAAGCCCUCCAAGUUGAUGGCCACCAUUUAUUUCAUCCUGGGGAGGAGUGUUGUAGUUUGAAGGAGUUUUGGAAAACCUCCAAUGAAUCAUAGAACUGUAGGUUUGGAAGGGACCCUGUGGGUCAUCCAGUCCAACCCCCGGCAAUGCAGGAAUCACAGCUAAAGGAACCUUGACAGAGGGCCGCCCAACCUCUGCAUAGGUAAAGGUAAAGGGACCCCUGACCAUUAGGUCCAGUCGUGGCCGACUCUGGGGUUGCGGUGCUCAUCUCGCUUUAUUGGCCGAGGGAGCCGGCGUACAGCUUCCGGGUUAUGGGUCAGCAUGACUAAGCCGCUUCUGGCGAACCAGAGCAGUGCACGGAAACGCUGUUUACCUUCCUGCCGGAGUGGUACCUAUUUAUCUACUUGCACUUUGAUGUGCUUUCGAACUGCUAGGUUGGCAGGAGCAGGGACCGAGCAAUGGGGCUUGUCGCGGGGAUUCGAACCGCCGACCUUCUGAUCUGCAAGUCCUAGGCUCAGUGGUUUAACUCUCUGCAUAAAGACCUUCAAAGGAGGAGGAGAGGCCUGUGAACUGUCCUGAGAACUACAGAUGAAGGGGGCGGCAUGGAAAGUUAAUACCGUAUAUACUCGAGUAUAAGCUAACAUGAAUAUAAGCCGAGGCACCUAAUUUUAGCACAAAAAACUGGGAACACUUAUUGACUUGAGUAUAAGCCAGUGCACCACACCACAAACCUGGUGGUGGCGGCAGUGGCGGAGGAAGCACAAGCAGGCCAAAAGAGCUGCUUCUGGGCUGCUCCUUCCUCCUCCGCCGCCACCAACAGCGGCAAAGGCGGUGGAGGAGGAAGGAGCACCCCAAAAGGACCCUCACUAGAGUAUAAGCCAAGGGGGGCCUUUUCAGCAUUAAAGAUGUGCUGAAAAAGCUGGCUUACACUCGAGUAUAUAUGGUAAAUAAUAAUGAUGAUUAUAAUAAUGAUAAUUUGAAUCUGUUGGUUCAUGUCUUAACAGGCACUUCCCAGUGCUCUAUGGCGCAACGGCUGGAGCGUUUUCUUGCAGGCUCGAGGGCACAUUUUUGGCACAUCAAAGGGUGCCCCAGGAAUGGUUGGCAGGCAAUGAGACUGGGCAGGACUCCUCUUCCUCUGCCUGGGGCUAGCCUGGGGGUGGGAGGCGGCUGCCCAGGUUAGUGGGGAGGAAACGGCAGCUCUGGGCUGGAGGGGCAGAAAACGGACAAGCAGGGAUCACCCCAGAACGGCAAAGUCCACUCUGUGCUGUGCGAUGGUUGGGAAAGUGGAAUGAGCUUUAAAGGCAAAGCAGUUGCUUUAGCGGUGGACGCCUUGGUUGUGAUUUCUGCAUUGCGGGGGUUGGACUAGAUGACCCAGGGGUCCCUUCCAACUCUAUAGUUUUAGGAUUCUAUGCAACACAUAGUUAAAUGAUGGAACUCACGGCCACAGGAGGCAGUGGUGGCCACAAACUGAGAUGGCUUUAAAAAAGGAUUCAUGGAGGGAGGCAGCGACACUUCUGAAUCCAGUUGUUGGAAACCACAGGAGGGGAAAGAGUAUUGGGAUGUGUCUGGGGAGACGGGGGCAAUUGGCAGGCCCCCAGCUGGUUCCAGCCACCGGCCGGCAGCUGGGCAAACUCCGGUUCUCGGAACAGCAUCAAUCAGCGACUCGAGCCUCAGAAACCUUUAGAGACUGAGCACGCUCUUAUCAGCAGAGUGAAUAAAUCUUCACAAUGGAAGUAGCGGACAGAGACAUAUGUAAGCAUAUUUACAGCAUUUUAUUCAGCAUAGUUUACAGCAUGUCUGCUUCCCCUCGUGUCCAAGCAAACAACAGUAUAGCAAAAGCUAUAUACAGCGGAAGUUCCCAGCAGACUGUGCUGGAAGUAAACAGACAUGUGACAUACAACAACUCCACAUGCCUGUUCUAAAGGUGGAAUGGAACUAUAUACUAACAAAGAGUUGUUCCUGUGCUCAGUUCUUGCUUGCUGGUUUCCCAUGAUGGGCACCCAGUUGGCAACUGUGAGAACAGGGUGGGCCAUUGGUGGCCUCUUUUUAUGCCUUCUGUGGGAGUGAGUUCCGCAGAUAAACUAUCCCUGUUUAGGGAAGUUUUUAAUGUUUGAAGUUUUGUUCUGUUUAAUAUUUUGUUGGAAGCCUCCCAGAGUGGCUGGGGAAACCCAGCCAGAUGGGCGGGGUAUAAAUAAUAAUAGUAAUAAUAAUAAUAAUAAUAUUUUAUUAUUAUUAUUAUUAGCAUUCCUAAAACAGAACACAGAGCUUUGAAGCGCAUUCCAAAUGGUUUAAGCCACAUCCUUGUGUUGCAUUUUGUCUCGUUCCCUGACAGGGUGUCCUUUCAGGGAGAUUACAAUGACGAACUCUCGGCUCUGUCCAAUGACAUUAAAGGUAAGCAAUUCCCCCCCUCAAAAAAGUGCUUAUUUCUGCCAAUAGCCAGCACCCACCUGCCAUGCGAUGCCACUGAGCCCCUGCAAAUCCCAGGUGUACAGAGUCAGAGGGAGGAAGCAGUGGGACAGACACUCAAGUCUCUGUCUCCAAAGUGGAGCAGGUGUGUGCCAUGGCAAAGGCCCUCAGGAUCUGCUGGGGAUGAGGGUCAAAGUAAAUGGCUCUGGGCACAGAGGAGCCUUUCCCCAGCCGGGUGCACUCCAGCUGUGUUGUGCUAUAACUCCCAGCCAGCACAGCGAAUAGUAAAGGGUGCUGGCAGGUGGAGUCCUGCAACAUCUGGAGGGAGCAGCUAUUAUUAUCGCUAUGAAUUUAUUUAUUGCCAGCACGAGUUAAGGCAUUAAAGCGCAAUGUUAAAAACAGAUUAAAACAACCUCCAGCCGUAAAACGAAGGCGGGUCCCUAAGGACAUGUACCUCUAGUGGCGAAAGCCAGAGCAAAGAGGUGCGUCUCCGCUAUGGGAUGAAAGCAGAGUAAUGAAGGUGUCAGGCAAACCUCUGUGGGGAGGGAGGCCCAGAGCUUAGGGGCCGCAACAGAGAAAGCCCUCUUCCCCCGGGACGCCAACCCCAAGUCUCUGAGAGUGGAGGAACCAUCAAGAGCCCCCCCCUGCCAAUCCCAGCACCUGAAAGGGCCUGUAGUGAAGGAGGUGGCCUUUCAGAUACAGUGGUACCUUGGUUCUCAAACUUAAUCUGUUCUGGGAGUCCGUUCGACUCCCGAAACCGUUCGAAAAUCAAGGUGCGGCUUCCGAUUGGCUGCAAGAGCUUCCUGCACUCAAUCAGCUUCCAAAAAACGUUUGCAAACUGGAACACUCACAUCCAAGCUUUGCAGUAUUUGGGAGCUGAUUUGUUUGGAUGGCAAGCUGUUUGUUUACCAAGGUACCACUGUAUUUGCAGCCUGAGUCAUUUGAGGCUUUAAACACCAACACAAAGCCCUUGAAUUGGGCCUGGAAAUGAACCCCCAACCAGUGCAGCUGUUUUAAAAUGGGGCUUAUAUGAGAACCCCAGACAGGAAUCUGGCUGCUGCAUUUUGGGAUGGCUGAAGUUUCCGAGGCGUCUUCAAGGGCAGCCCCACGUAAAUGGUAUUGCAGUAGCCCAGCCUGGAAGUUACCAGUGCAUGAAGUUCAGAGGCCAAGUUAUCUCUUUUCAAAGGGGGGCCACUGGCAGCUACAGGGACCCGGGUGGUGCUGUGGUCUAAAGCACUGAGCCUCUUGGGCUUGCCGAUUGGAAUGUAGGCAGUUUGAAUCCCUGCGACGGGGCGAACUCCCAUUGCUCUGUCCCAGCUCCUGCCAACCUAGCAGUUUGAAAGCACACCAGUGCAAGUAGAUAAAUAGGUACCGUUGCGGUGGGAAGAUAAAUGGCAUUUCUGUGCUCACUCUGGCUUCUGUCACAGUGUUCUGUUGCGCAAGAAGCGAUUUAGUCCUGCUGGCCACAUGACCUGGAAAGCUGUCUGUGGACAAAUGCCAGCUCCCUUGGCCUGAAAGCGAGAUUAGUGCCGCAACCCCAUAGUUGCCUUUGACUGGACUUAACCGUCCAGGGGUCCUUUACCUUUUUGCUGGCAGCUCACAAACUCUGAAGCCACCCCAGCUGAGCCAAGAGGCUCCUUCAAUUUUAAUGGAGCAGCUGUAGCCGCAGAUAGGAUGGAGAUUCCAGAACAGGCAUCCCCAACCUUCAGCCCUCCAGAUAUUUUGGACUACAAUUCCCAUCAUCUCUGACCACUGGUCCUGUUAGCUAGGGAUCAUGGGAGUUGUAGGCCAAAACAUCUGGAGGGCCGAAGAUUGGGGAUGCCUGCUCCAGAAGAGGAACUGCUGAGAGAGAAAACAGGUGCCAGAAUCCUCUGGAGAGGAAGAAGGAAUUACUUUUCCUAACUUGGCACCAGAAACUCCCACUCUCAGCACUGCAAGGAGCUGGAGCUGGAGCCCCCAGGCAGGGCAGGUUUAACCAUUUGGCACUGAUUAAUGCGGGAUGCGAGGUGGUGCUGUGGUCUAAACCAUUGAGCCUCUUGGGUUUGCUGAUCAGAAGGUCGGCGGUUCGAAUCCCCGCGAUGGGAUGAGCUCCCGUUGCUCGGUCCCUGCUCCUGCCAACCUAGCAGUUCGAAAGCACGUCAAAGUGUAAGUAGAUAAAUAGGUACCGCUCCGGCGGGAAGGUAAACGGCAUUUCUGUGCGCUGCUCUGGUUUGCCAGAAGCGGCUUAGUCAUGCUGGCCACAUGACCCAGAAAAACUGUCCGCGGACAAACGUUGGCUCCCUCGGCCAGUAACGUGAGAUGAGCGCCGCAAUCCCAGAGUCGUUGAUGACUGGACUUGACUGUCAGAGGUCCUUUACCUUUACCUUAAUCCAGAUUAGUGGUUCUAGAUGUGGGAUUGUUAACGGAAGAAAGCACUUUGCUGCUUAUUUAAUUGUUUAUUGCAUCCAUAUCCUGCCUUUUCCUCCAAGGACCACAAGAUGGCAUAUGUGGUUUUCUCUACCUCCUCAUUUAAUCCUCCCAGCAACUCUGUAAAGUAACUUAGACUGAGAGAUGGCAGGUACCGCCCCCCCCAGGGACCCCCCCCCCAGUGAGUUUAGGGUCAAGUGGGAAUUUGAACCCUGUUCUCUCAGGACCUAGUCCUCAUUUCAUUCCCACAACAGCCCUGGGAGGUGGGUUAGGCGCACAGGCAGUGAUUGGCCCCAGCACACCCAGUGAAAGCUUCAGGGCUGAGGGGGGAUUUGAACCCAAGUCUCUCCCAGGUUCUAGGCUCGCACUCUAACCACUAGCCCACGCUGACUUCCUUGCUCCGACUAUGGCUCGUCAGACCAGAUCUUCUGUGACCAUCUAUAGCCACAAUUUUAUUAGCCCUCCUCUGUGGGAUAAAACCGCAUUGCUCAGAGGCUGCUAAUACAUUUUAUUUACCUUAUGAAAUUUACAGCCCGCUUGGUUGCAGAAAACCUCAGAGCGGUUUGCGAAAAUAAUAAAACAGUCUGAUUAUUACUGGCAAUUUAAAUAUUCAACAGUGAUGAAUCUAGCAUACAUAAAAUCAGCAGAUGAGUUAUUUUUUUUAGGUCAACAUGUUUUUUUUACUCUUAUUAUUUUUUGGGGGGGUGUUACUGAAAAUUUUGGGGUGUAUGUUAUGUUUUGUGUAAACUGUAUUUUUUUCCCCCCAUUUUUAAGCAAUAACUCUAAAAUAACUCAACUCGACAAAAAUUUUACUGGGUGCCGAAAAGUGGUGUCUAUAGGCAGGGUGUUCCAAAGUGUAGCUGCUUGCAAAGGCAGGAUGGGGGAUUAUGAGGCACCCACAGCAGUGCCAGUUCCACAGUUUGGAGCGGUGAGGAGGGCAUAUAUAUAUGGGCCCCAGUGUUUGGGGUGGUCUGAUGCCUGCCCCUUAAUUCCACCUUGCAGGGGCCCCUUUGCGGUGCGAUCUGAGCCCUCCUGCUUCCUUCACUCGCUUCCCUGUCCUCUGCCCCUCAGUGCUGUUCUACGACAUGCCUGCCCCCCUGGUUUGCGCCCGGUGCAAAGGGCGUCUCUCCAAGAUGUCCCGCCGGCACAGCCGAGAGCACAGGCCCUCCGAGACGGAUUUGGACCUCCUGCCUUGGAUGGACAGCAGGAGCUACGGACUCUGGCAGCAAGAGACGCCUUCGUGGCUGCAGCCGCUCAACCGGCUGAGCAGCCUAGCUGCCGCAGGCCUGAAGUAG